AUGGCAGGAUAUGUCACGUUUGUCGGCCCGCCCGACGAGAAAGUCAAACACCUAUUGAAAUCCGCUGGUAUUCUUACAUUCGGCACAGUUACCGAACCCAAGUUGGUGAUAGCGACAAAUGAGUCUGUUCUGCAAGGCCUCCCCCAGCGUGUGGCUGGAUCUUCCGCUUGUGUUGUGCUCUACGGCCGAUUUACAGUUGCUUCUGUCGAGAAGAUCGUCAAGGAGCAUGGAAAGGACUACAACAUCACAGUCGUUAGCAGCCUCCACGGCCCUGAGCAACUGAACGUUGUGUCUGGCUACCAUGCGGCCGAACUCAAUUCUGUCCUCAACGCCUUCGGCAAGCAUGAAUAUCUUGGCAGCAACCCAGUCUGGGCGGCUAUGCUGAGCCUAACCGAGCGCCACCUGUACGCGGUACAGACGAUACUUGCUGCCGAGUCCCUGGCAAUCGGGGCUAAAGCUGGGUUGGACACCCAGAUUCUCUACGAUGCCAUUUGUGGUGUUGCAGGGUCCUCCUGGGCCUUAAAAUCGUGCGGGCCUGACAUGCUGCAUGCAUCGGAGAGCACUGCUGGAGUGACUGUUGAAGCUGCUUUGGCGGAUCUGACGGAGUCCUGCCUUUCGGCGAAAACGUACGCUCUACAGAUGCCACUCGCCUCCAUGUCUCGCCAACUCCUUGUCACCGCGGGUUCACUCGGCCUCGCCCGUAAGAACAUUGCCGCAGUUGCGAAGGUGUACUCCCAGCUGGGUCACAUAUGCCUGGCGCCCACCGGUUCAAAGUCUUCGCAGCUGGCCACCUGCACCGCGAAGCCGAACAAAGUGGCGUUCAUCGGCCUGGGCGCAAUGGGGCUGGGAAUGGCAAAUGUUCUUCUUCAGGCGGGCUUCAACGUCCACGGCUUUGACGUUUAUCCUCCUUCCAUUGACAAAUUUAUCGCAAUGGGAGGCAAAGGAAGCAGUAAUAUUGCCGAAGCAGUCAAAGGCGCCGAAGUUGUUGUCCUUAUGGUUGUUAACGCCGUCCAAGCCGCCGAUGUGCUGUUCCGAUUGGGAGCCGCAAAUGCAAUGUCACCCGGGGCUGUAAUCUGUCUCAUGUCUACCGUGUCCCCUUCGGCAGCCAUUGAACUGGAUGCCAAAGUACAGGCCCUUGGCCUGGGACUCGGAUUUAUCGAUUGCCCAGUAUCCGGGGGCACCUCCCGAGCUGCCAUUGGUGACCUGACUAUUCUCGCCAGUGGUCGCGACAAGGAUGUCACCACCGCGCUAGCUGUUCUUCAGGCUCUGAGUGGCGCGAAGGGCAAUAACAGCAAUCUCUUCGUCGUCGAUGGCGGGGUAGGGAAGGGUUCGGCCGUCAAACUUGUCAAUCAGCAUCUCGCCGCCACACAAAUCAUCUCCACUGCUGAAGCUCUCGCCCUUGUUGCGGAGCAGGGAAUUCCACUCAAACAUGCCCACACCAUUCUGCAGCGCUCUGCGGGCAACUCGUGGAUGCUCGGAGACCGCGGAGGCAAAAUGCUCGCGGGCCUCAUUACCCCGCCAACCUCGACCGUAACAAUCUUUGUCAAGGACGCCAGCAUAGUUGUCGAUGAAGCCCAACUGCUUGGCGUCCCGGCAUUCAUGGCGGUUACCGCACAGCAACAGUUUAUUGCCGGCGUCGCACGUGGCUGGGGUGGGCACGACGACUCGAGGUGA